AUGGCGGACGUGUCGGGGGCCCCCCCAAACUUCCUCCUCUUGCUGGCCGACGACCUGGGCAUCGGGGACGUCGGUUGCUACGGAAACAAGAGCUUGAGGACCCCCAACAUCGACCGGCUGGCCGAAGACGGGGUGCGGCUGACCCAACAUCUGGCCGCAGCUGCCGUCUGCACCCCAAGUCGCGCCGCGUUUCUGACGGGGAGAUACGCCGUCAGGUCAGGGAUGGUUUCGAGCACUGGAAACCGAGUCCUCCAGUGGUCCGCCGCGUCGGGCGGACUCCCGAGCACUGAGAUCACGUUCGCACAAGUACUGAGAGACCGAGGCUACGUCACCGGCCUCAUAGGCAAAUGGCACCUGGGCCUCAACUGCCACUCCGCCUCGGACCACUGCCACCACCCGCUGCGCCACGGGUUCGAGCACUUUUUUGGGAUGCCCUUCUCCAUGAUGGCCGACUGCGUGCCGUGGGGCCUGUCGGAGCGCCGGGCCGGCCUUCAGGCGCGACUGGAACUCGGGGCGCAGGCCCUGAUUUUGGGCUGUCUCACGCUAGCGGCCGGGCAUCGGAUUCUGGGUCUCGGGGUUUCCCGGACUCUUCUGCUCUCUGCUACAGUGCUCGCCGCCUUGCUGGUUGUUCUGGCCCGAGUCCUGACCCGGGUUCUGGUCCCGCUGGAUUGUUUUCUCAUGCGGGGCCACCGCGUCUCGGAGCAGCCCAUGAACUUCUCCCGGACCUCGAGGCUUCUACUCCGAGACGCGGCCGCCUUCAUGCGACGCCACCGCCAGGGCCCCUUCCUCCUCUUCCUCUCCUUCCUCCACGUCCACACCCCGUUAAUCACCACCGACGACUUUCUGGGGCGCAGCCGCCAUGGCUUGUACGGAGACAAUGUGGAAGAGAUGGAUUGGAUGGUUGGGCAGGUGAUGGAGACCCUGGAGGUCCUGGGUUUGAGUCGCAACACCCUAGUGUACUUCGCCUCGGAUCACGGCGGCUCCCUGGAGGCGGCGUUUGGGGGACGACAGUUUGGAGGCUGGAACGGGCCUUACCGAGGCGGCAAGGGCAUGGGCGGCUGGGAAGGCGGCGUCCGUGUGCCCGGCAUCUUCCGCUGGCCCGGGGUGCUGCCCCCCGGCCGGGUGGUCUCGGCCCCCACCAGCCUCAUGGACGUCUUCCCCACCCUGGCACGGCUGGGGGGCGCCCGGGUACCCCAAGACAGGGUCAUCGACGGCCGUGACCUGAUGCCUUUGCUACUGGGCACCACCCCGGACGCCCCCCACGAAUUCCUCAUGCAUUACUGCGAGAACAGACUACAUGCUGUGCGUUGGUACGAGGCGGCCGGAGACAUUGUCUGGAAGGUCCACUACACCACCCCACUUUUCCACCCCCCGGGUGCCGGGGCCUGCUACGGCCGAGGCGUGUGUCCAUGCUCUGGGCCUGGCGUGGUCCAUCACGACCCUCCUCUGCUCUUCGACCUGUCCAGAGACCCCGGGGAGACUCAUGUCCUCACGCCACACACUGAACCCCGUUUCCAGGAGGUGAUGGACAAGGUCCGGAGGGCUGUGGACGCUCACAAGAAGACACUGAGCCCAGUGCCCUUGCAGCUGGACGGCUGGAGCAACAUCUGGAAGCCCUGGCUCCAGCCGUGCUGUGGCCCUUUCCCCCUCUGUUGGUGUCACCGGGAGGGAGAUACGGACUGA